UACAAACCAAUUCCUACUGUACAAACAGUUUUUAAUCCACAAUGCUAUAGUUUUCAAAACUGAAUUAUCACUAUACAUACAUAUAUGAUAUAUCCCAAUUCCCACCCUCUCUCUCUACAAUAGCAAGCUGCUUUACUGUUCAUUCUCAAAUAGUCUCACAGUUUCCUAUAUCAAUAAAAUACUCAAAUUAUUUGCCAGAGAAAAAGGAGAAAUUCACUGUUUGGAUAAUUAAUCAUAUCAAAAACACAAUAGCUUGGAAUUUCUUUAAAUUCCACUGUUUUCUUUCCAUUUUGAUCACACUCGUACAAAAAUGCCAAUCAACCAUUGGCUAUCUCCAUACAUGAUGGAAGCCGGCUCUGCAAAAGCCCCAGCUUUGUGGGCCAGCUCCGCCUCCCCCCGCGCCGUGGCGUUCCGCCUCAACCUCAACAACGACGACGAAGAGGAGCUCCUCACCGAGGACGACGGCGCCGCCGCCAAGCACCACCUCUCCAAAGAGCCCUUGUUCGAGAAGCCCCUGACGCCGAGCGACGUCGGCAAGCUCAACCGCCUCGUCAUACCCAAGCAGCACGCCGAGAAGUACUUCCCCUUGAACGGCGGCGGCGGCGAGAAGGGGCUGCUGCUGGGCUUCGAGGACGAGGCCGGCAAAUCGUGGCGGUUCCGAUACUCCUAUUGGAACAGCAGCCAGAGCUACGUGCUCACCAAGGGCUGGAGCCGCUUCGUCAAGGAGAAGAGGCUCGACGCCGGCGACAUCGUCCUCUUCGCUCGCCACCCCAACGACCUCGCCCGCCUCUUUAUCGGCUGGCGCCGGAGGAGCGGACAAGACGCCGCUGCCCCUCCGCCGCCCGCUGCCUGGGGCGGCCUACUUUACACUGCCCAUCCUUAUCCUACCCACUCAUCUAAUUCUUCUGUUUUCUACCAAACCGACUGCCCUCAUGCAGAGAAUAUCGUAAAAGAAAGAAACGGGAAUUCGAAGAGGUUGAGAUUAUUCGGAGUGAACCUAGAAUGGGACGAGGACGAGCCCUCGCCCUCACCCGAGCCCUCGACUUUGGAUUCGGGCAAGGGUGAAGCCCACGAAGAGCCAUACCAUGAGUACUACUCGAGCCAUGGUCGCAGCGGUCAGACGGUAAGCUACGUGUGUGAUUCGGCAAAUAUUUAAGGCACGAGUUGAGAGUUGGUGGAGAUGUGACUGCUACAAUUUCCUAGUUUGAUUUAAAUUGUUGUUUCCCUUAAUCAAACAGUCACUGUUUCUGCACAUAUAGUUGGGGAUUAUAUUACUGGCUUUAAUUUAGACAAAGUCUGAUGAAUUAUUUCUGCCCAAACAUGGCCUCAAUCAAUUCAUGGGGUACUAGUUGUCAAGUUGAACAAGUAAUCUUCGUUUCAACAAGGAAAUAAAUACACAUUCAGCUUA